AUGGAGCCUUCCAACAGCGUGAACCGAGCAGAGCAACCUCCAAAGCAAGCGGCCUAUGCUCAAGCCUCGAAUCCCGUAUCGCAAACCCCACAAGAGCAACGCGCCCCAGCCUCAAAGACUCGCCAAACCGGAGACGCCCUCUCUUCCGCUGCGUAUCGAUCGGCCGACUCACGGCCAGCGAAUGACGAAGCCCUAUCCCAACUCGGGGAGCAACACCGCCAGCAGGAGCUACAAAAGCAGAAUACCCCAGACGUCGAUCUCGAAUAUGGAGUCGAGCAACAACCUACGGAGGGCUACAUCGCGGAUUCUGUGGAGCGCAAAGGAGAGGGCAUCGAGCGUGCCAAGGUUGGCGCCCAUGCUGACCGUGUUGGCAGCGGCGCCAGGCCGGGACACCCGGGGUUUGGUGAACAGAGGGACCUCGCUGCGAACAUGGAUGGGAAGCGGGCUGAACAUGACCGGAUUUUGGAUGAGAAAACAGGGGACAGGGCUUCGCCAGCCCAAUAUGAUGUCGUCCAGCGAGAGGCUCUGCGACGUCGCAAGGAGCGAGAGGACGAGGUGAAUGUCGAGGGGGCAGUCCAGGAUGCAACUGGCGACCCUGUCGUCAGCUACGAAUAA